AUGAGUUUUCUAUGGGAUUGGUUUACCAGUAUUUUAACGUCGCUGGGUCUCCAUAAAAAAAGUGGUAAACUUGUAUUUCUUGGCCUUGAUAAUGCUGGAAAAACAACUUUGUUGCAUAUGCUUAAAGAUGAUCGACUAGCACAACAUGUGCCGACACUACAUCCAACUUCGGAAGAAUUAGUUAUGGGCAAUAUGAAAUUUACAACGUUUGAUUUAGGUGGUCACGCUCAAGCUCGUCGUGUAUGGAAAGACUAUUUUCCGGCUGUUGAUUCAGUUGUAUUUCUUGUUGAUGCAGUCGAUCGAACGCGUUUUGCUGAAGCCAAAGCUGAACUUGAUAGUUUAUUAACAGACGAACAAGUAGUAAAUGCACCUAUUGUUGUACUUGGAAACAAAAUUGAUUUACCAGGAGCUGUCAGUGAACAAGAACUUCGUUAUGUACUUGGUAUUUCUACAGCAACAACAGGCAAAGGCAAUGUUCCUCGUUCGGAUGUAUCUGGCCGUCCUAUGGAACUAUUUAUGUGUAGUGUACUAAGACGUGAAGGCUACGGGGAAGCGUUUCGAUGGCUUUCACAAUAUCUGUAG